AGCUUUGUUCUAUCAUUUAAACCUCAAUCAAACAAGUAUACUCUAAAUUCAAAACUAUCCAUCUCGGUCACGGAAAAAUUGUUAAAAUUGUUAUGACAUCGAAAUUACCAGUAACUACCAGUGAAUCUCCUUCUAAUGAUAUCCAGUGUUGUUGGAUUUGCUUUGCCACAAACACAGAAGAUUUAUUGGCUGAAUGGGUACAACCAUGCAGGUGUCGCGGAACUGUGCAAUGGGUCCACCAGAAAUGCUCACAAAGAUGGGUGGACGAAAAACAGAAAGGGAACUCACAGCAACCUGUUAAAUGUCCUCACUGUUUGACUGAAUACAUUAUCAUCUUUCCACGAAUGUGCUUGCUGGUCUCAAUAUUGCAUGAAGUUAGCGAAGUAAUCAAAGUGUGUUGUCCAUUUUUGGUUGCUGGUGUUGCUAUUGUGAUAUUGUAUUGGACAUCAGUUACGUACGGUGCCAUUACUCUGCUACAAGUGAUGGGAUAUAACGAUGGGAUGAGAUUGCUAGAAAGAACACAACCAUUGGCUCUCAUUGUAGGACUACCAUCCAUACCUGUUGCGUUAAUAUUAGGACAAUUUUUCAAAUGGGAAGACAGUCUAUCAAAUAGUCUACUUCAAUUGACAGGACCAGAUACCAGUACAACUCAAAUCGAAGACCUUUCUACACUUCCGCUUCAUAAUGAACCAUCUCCCCCAAUAUCAGGAUCAAGAAUUUUAUGUUCUGCGCUAUUACUGCCAACGGUGUCAGCAAUCAUAGGAAGAGCAUUUCACAGCAUUGACAGCAAUCUAUUGAAAACAAUACUGGGCGGUCUCUCAUUCAUAGCUGUCAACGGUACUAUAAACAUAAUACUGCGACGCAGCGAGUACUUCAGAAAGCGACAUAAGAAAAUUCUCGAUUUUAAUGAAAGCAAUCUAUCAGAAUUUGCGAACAAUCGACCGAAUCGAUCACGUUCGGACUCCGAUACUAGCAUGGCCGGUUCAAAUACUAGCAUGGAAAUGCUUGUUAUUGAAAGUCUUAUGCCAAUGUAGUUUGAAAAAUAUAAGAUUCAGAUUAUAGAGCCGUUUGAAAAACUCAGGUUUCAUCAAUUUAAUUGGUUAUUAUUCAGCGGUCAGAAUCAAAAUUAAAGCUGGA